GUUGACUUAUACUCUAUAAUAUCCACGGUAGUAUUCAUGUCUAUAGGUGAUGGUCACCAUUUUCUAUCAUAUGGACUGUCAGAUUAAAAAAAAAAUAAGAAAAGACUGCUCCUUCUAUUAGUUCUAGCGGCUUAACCGCUCGUUAACCGCUUCGUGUACCGCGCCCUUUACAGUUAAAUAUAAACUAAUAAGAUAAUUGUUUUGCCGUUAGUCGCCCUUCGGUGAUCAAACGGGAAAUACGUCGUACCAUGGCCCCUACACCUCAAGAGACGUUUUACGAGAAUGCUACACCAAAAGAAACUGUUCACAGACCAUUGACUGGCAAUGAAGUGGUCAUCAGCGGGCUGUCUGGGAUAUUUCCCAAGUCCAACAGCGUUCUGGAAUUCAUGAACAAUCUAAAUAACAAGGUGGAUAUGGUGACCGCAGACAAUCCACGAUGGAUCUUCAACCACCCAGAAGUGCCCAAGCAUUUGGGGAAAGUCAAUGGAAUGAGCAAGUUUGAUGCUCAGUUCUUUAGAGUCCAUUUCAAACAAGCUUGUACUAUGGAGCCCAUGAGUAGAAAGCUUUUGGAGCACGCAUACAGCGCCAUCUAUGAUUCAGGUAUCAACCCCUUACAACUACGAGGUUUAAAAGUCGGAGUGUUCAUCGGAUCAACAUUUUCUGAAUCUGAGAGAAUAGUUAUUUAUGAAAAUGUUCAGCGGAACGGCUUCGGUAUCACUGGAUCGAACAAAGCUAUGUACGCAAAUCGUAUCUCUUACUGGAUCGAUGGUAAAGGCCCUUCGUACGCGUUGGACGUCGGCUGCGGGAGCUCUAUGGCGUGUUUAGAGUACGCAUACAAGUCCAUCAGUUCGGGCCAAUGCGACGCCGCCAUAGUGGGUGGCUGCAACCUCUGUAUGCAGCCUACCAUCUCUUUGAAUAAUAAAAGGGCCGGUUUUCUAUGCAUGGAUGGGAAAAGUAAAUGUUUCGACAAGAACAGCGAUGGAUACGUAAGAUCUGACGCCAUUAGCGUGCUGUUCUUGCAGAAAGCCAAACACGCGAAGAGAAUUUAUUCAGAAGUGUAUUAUGUCAAAGGGAAGUACGGAUUGAAAGGGGAGGGGGAAAACUUUUGCGCGAUCCGUGAACCGAAAGAGAUUCAGGAGUUCCUGGAAGCGUUCUACUCCGAAAUAAACGUAUCGCCAAAGGACGUGGAAUAUAUCGAAGGGCACGGAUCCGCCAACGCCACAGCUGAAAGAAACGAACUGCAAGCAAUCGCAAAUGUAUUUGAAAAAGACACACCAAUACAAGUCGGCAGCGUUGUGUCCAACAUGGGGCACAGCGAACCUGCUUUCGGGACCUGCGCUCUCACUAAGGUCUGCCUCGCAUACCAUCAAGGUAUAAUCCCACCAAACCUCCAUUUCAACGAGCCCCAUGAUGAAAUACCUGCAGUGCGCGAAGGUAAAAUACAAGUGGUGAACGAGCACACCCCCUUCGGGAGAAGUUUCGCCGCAUUGAACUGUUUCUCGUACACCGGUGUCAACAUCCAUGUUCUUUUAAAAGGGCAUUACAAAGAAAAGGAUCCAGAACGUUACAAGUGCAAUAUACCUCGUAUGGUAUUCAUUUCUGGACGACAAGAAUCAUCUGUCAAUCACGUAUUUGGCUUCCUGAAGAAUCAGCCCAUAGAUCCGGAACAAAUCGGCCUCUUACAUAACAUCCAUGAAAACGAAAUACCAGGACACAUGUGCAGGGGAUACAUUAUACUCGACAGCAACGAGCAGAAGGAGACGGUGUGCGUGUCGGAGAGCGUGGAGCACUUCCCGGGCGCGCGGCGGCCGCUGUGGCUCGCGUACAGCGGCAUGGGCUCGCAGUGGCCCGCCAUGGCCGCCGGCCUCAUGCGCCUGCCCAUCUUCGCCGCCGCCGUGCACAGAUGCCAAAAAGCAUUGGAACCGAAGGGCAUUGAUCUAAUCCAUAUCCUAACUCAUCCGGACAAAGCCAUUUAUGAUAAUAUAUUGCAUUCCUUCGUUGGGAUCGCGGCCGUCCAAAUCGGAUUGACUGACAUUCUCAGAGAGCUGGGAAUCGUGCCUGACAACAUUAUUGGGCACAGCGUGGGCGAGCUGGGCUGCGCGUACGCGGACGGCUGCUUCACGACGGAGGAGAUGAUCCUGGCCGCGUACAGCCGCGGGCUCGUGUCCGUGCAGACGCCCUUCAUCCGCGGCUCCAUGGCCGCCGUCGGCAUCGGACACCAGGCGGUUUUGGAUUUGUGCCCGCCAGAGAUAGAAGUGGCAUGUCACAAUAGCGCCGAAUCGUCGACGAUAUCCGGCCCCGCGGACAUCAUGAAGGAGUUCGUCAGCGACUUGACCAAACGCGGCAUAUUCGCCAAGGAGGUGCCGUGCUCCAACAUCGCGUAUCAUUCCAGAUACAUCGCCGAAGCUGGGCCGGCUUUAUUGAAAUACCUCAGCGAGGUGAUUAAAGAGCCAAAGGAGCGCAGCCCGAAAUGGGUGUCGACAUCGGUGCCGCAGGACCAGUGGGGGGAACCCAAAGCAAAGUAUUCCUCCGCUGAAUAUCACACCAAUAACCUGUUGAAUGCCGUGCUGUUUGAGGAAACAUCGAAGCUGAUACCUUCGAACGCGCUGGUGAUAGAGGUAGCGCCGCACGGGCUGCUGCAGGCGAUCCUCAAGAGGGCGCUCAGCGAGUGCGUGCACGUGCCGCUCACCAGGAGGGGGGGCACCGACCCCGUCAAGUAUCUGUUGGAAGCCAUCGGCAAGUUGUAUCAAGCCGGAUUGAAUCCCAAAUUGGACAUCCUGUACCCUAAAAUCGAAUAUCCUGUAGCGACGGGCACGUCGUUACUGUCCCAUUUUGUCGACUGGGUGCACAGCGAGGACUGGCCCGAGGCCAGGUAUAAUACUAAAAAGAGAGUGGUUGCAACAAAUCGCCGCUUCAUUAUGUCUAUUUUUGACGACGACUACAAAUAUUUUGAAGGCCAUGUUAGGGAUGGUCUCAUCAUGUUCCCCGAAGCUGCAAUUUUAUUCCUGGUCUGGGAAACUUUAGCUAUGUACAAAGAGGUGGACUACAGAGAAAUGUCUGUUAUAUUCAAAGACAUAAAUUUCCACGGAGAGGCGGUUAUUAGAAAAGAAGUGCCCUUGAAAUUUGAAAUUUUAAUAUACAAGGGUAGCUACUUUUUUGAGGUUAUAUAUGAAAACGCAUGUCUUGUAGAUGGCUAUAUCAUACAAGAUAAUGAACCUAAUGUCUCUGUAGAUGAAAACGAAGAACCAGUAGAUAAUGUCGCUACUGAUCAAGAUAUUAUUUUAGAUUCCAAUGAAAUUUAUAGAUUUUUCAACCAAAGAGGACUCGCUUACCGGGGUGAGUUUCAGUCGGUACGAACAAUAAAUAAUAACUUUUCUAAAGCAAGCGUCAAAUGGACCGGCGAGUGGGUAACAUUGUUGGACUCAAUGAUACAAAUAAAUAUACUAGCAAAGAAUUACGACGGGUUAUCAACUACAAAAGUCAUAAAAAGUCUUACAAUAAAUCCUAUAGAGCAUAAUCGCAUUGUAGAAAAUCUUCCAAAAGGCUCUGACAGUAUAGACGUUACGUAUAACGCUAUAUCAGCUGUGACUAGAUGUGGCGGAAUUCAGCUAAAAAAUAUAGAGUUUUAUGAAAAACCAUUCAAACAACAAGUUCCUGAUGUGCUGCAGACAAAACAGUUUAUUCCACAUUUUCUAACAGGAUAUAUCGAUCUUAUAUCAGCUCUGCAAAUAAAUUUACAAAUUAUAGCCGACAAUGUGGUAGAGAAUCAUAUAAAUGUUGUGAAUUUGUCUUCUCCAAGUUUUGUAAUUACAAACAAUGCUAUUAAAGAAGCAGCUAAUAAGAUACCAGAAGCAGAAUUUAAUAUGAUUACAAAGGAAAUUGAAGAUUUUUCUUCAAUAAAAACGAAUAAACAUGUAUUAAAAGCUAACGUUGUUAUUGUAGACAAUCUGUUGAGUGAUGAAAAGAAAAUGAAUAAUCUUCAUAGUGGUUUGAAUAAAAAUACAUUCGUUAUAACUAUAGAGAAAGAUACAUCCAAAAUAUAUCCUAAAUAUAAAUUAUUCGAUGUUAUCACUCUUAUGUCGAUGCAAAGCCAGUUCAUUGUUUUGCUUAAAAAAGCUGAUGUGGUUAAGGAGAAACAAAACAUAAAGACUAUUUCUAUAGCUCACGAUUUGAACUUUUCUUGGGUGCCCGAAGUAGAAAAAGAGCUGCGGUCAUCGUCACAUGUUAUUCUAGUUUCUGAUAAACAACAUUAUUGUGGUCUUAUAGGACUAGUUAAAAGACUUAAAAACAAGUACCAGGGUAAUAUCAGACUAGUGGUGAUAGAAGAUUAUCAUGCACCAUCGUUUACUCUCGAAGACAGUUUGUACCAAGAUCAACUUCAAAAGCAAUUAGUUUUUAAUAUUUUAAAACAGGGCAAAUGGGGUUCAUACUACUACGUACCAAGUGGUAAGUCAACACAACUUCGUAGCAUAAAGCUCACAAGUGCAGUGCCAGGUGAACUCGCUAGUUUAACGUGGACAGAGGCUGCCACGCCCUCGGCUAGCAAGACUUCAGUGACGGUUCACUACGCUGGACCAUCUGUGAGGGAUGUACAAAGAGUGGUCGGCCGAGUGAGAGAUAAUAAGGAAUUUGGAAUGGACUUCAGCGGUAUUACAAACAAAGGUGAGAAAGUAAUGGGCCUAAUCUCUGGAGGCGCGUUGUCCAGUACUGUAGAAGUGGAUUCAAACUUACUGUGGCCGGUGCCACAACAUUGGAGUCUCGAAGAUGCGGCUACAGUGCCGCUGCCUUAUAUACACGCUUACUACUGUCUGGCUAUAAGAAUGCAAUUACUGAAAGGCAUGACGGUGCUGGUGGUGGGCGGCGCGGGCGCGCUGGGGCAGGCGGCGCUGGCGGUGUGCACGGCGCUCGGCUGCACGGUGUACGCGGCCGUCAGCGACCUCAGGAAGAAACACUUCUUACUCAAACUGUUCCCCACUCUUGAUGCAAACAAAAUUGGCAACUCUAGUGACAUCUCAUUCAAAGACAUGGUGUUGGCGGGCACCAAGAACCAACGAUGCGAUGUAGUUAUAAACUGCGCCACUGGCACGAUAUGUGAGGCUGCAAUGCAGUGUGGCGGGCGCAGUUCCAUUGUAUUCAAUGUAAACGACUACGAUUUGCAAGAAAACCUCAGCUUUGGAAUGAAUAAGUUAACAGAUGAAAGAAAUUUCAUGUCUGUUAACAUGUCUUAUAUAUUUGAACCGGAAAAUGUGAAUAUAAGAAAGACAUUGCAACUGUACAUCAGUGAAGGCAUAGCCAGCGGUAUAAUAAGACCUUUAACCCGUGUGCUGUAUGCACCGAAUGAUAUAAUCAAAGCGUUCAGGCUCUUGUCGCAAGGUAAACACAGAGGCCGGGUCCUGAUCAGAAUGCGGGAUCCUGUAACAACAGACUUUGGGUGUAAUGGCAUUCCUAUUAUAACCUAUUCCCCAACACAAUCUCAAAUAGUUGUGUGCGACGAAAUCAUAUUAGGGACAGAGUUAAUAGAUCGACUCGUGAAAAGGGGAGCAAUGAAUGUGCUUGUUCAGGCUGAGCCUAAUUCGUUAACUGGUUAUUUCCAGUCGAAACUAGAGUCGUGGAGAGCUCACGGCGCUACAAUAAAACUAGUAUCAGUUAAUUUGCAAACUGAAAAAGGUUGCGUCGAUCUCUUUAGUGAAGGCAUGAAGUUGGGAAAUGUAGAGGGAAUAUUUGUUGCACAGAAACAUUACAACAACAAGGAAGAAACAUUGAAGAAAGAGGAUGCGUCUAAUAAGUUUAAAGAAACAGCUUUGGUCGUUGCUAACCUGGAUUUGAUAUCUAGGAAUGUUUGCAGAGAGUUAAAAUACUUCGUCGUCCUGGCUCGCUCGUCGGAGAAUGCCACCGACGAAUAUUCGACGUCGGUGUCUGAAAGAGUGUGCGAAAUGCGAACAGAAGUUGGAUUGCCGGCUCUCUUUUACCGCGUCGAUUGGACCGAUGAGCUGAGUACAAACUCGAGUAAACAACAUAAAUUACAAUUACAAUCAUAUUUUUCUAUAUUAAACGCCCUCGAAACAAGUCUCAAACUCGAAAAUAGUAACGUUAUAUCGUUUAAUCUUAAUAAACGAAUCUCGGAAAAUGCCAUAAGUAAAAUUGAGACAAUAUUAGGUAUUAAAAAUAUCAAUGAUGUACCGGAUGAUGUCUCUUUGACUGACUUGGGCCUCUAUGAAGUAAGCAUAGAGGAAAUAAAGUCUGUUUUAAAAGAAAGUUAUCACAUAGUUUAUCCUACUAAAACAAUAAAAGAAAUGACGAUUGCCAGCCUUAAAAAUUUAAAGAACGAUGUCAUGGUACAAAACACUAAAUUCAACAGUGGCUUAGGUGCCUUUUAUACCUUUAUUGAUGAUGACGAAUGUAAAGCGACUGAGCCUAUGGUUGUUAUGCCAACGAAACUCAACAGCACUAUCGAGAAUGAAGAAGAAUUGGAUUUCAAUGCUAAUUUCCUGGCGAUGAUACCAGGUUUUGAAGGCCACUACAGUAUAUUCAGAACUAUAUCGGAGAGACUUAGAAUCCAAGCUAUGACUUUCCAACUGGGACCGGACUUAAAAGAUCAAACAAUUCCACAAAUGGCUAGCAACAUUCUAACGUUUGUAAAGAAAAGGUUUGAGUUGAAAAAAACCUUCUAUAUUUUGGGAUACUCAUUUGGAGUAAACAUCGCACUGGAAUUGGCAGCUUUAAUGGAAAAAGAUGGUCACAAAGGCAUCGUGUUCUGUUUGGACAGCAGCCCAGAUGCACUCCGAGUACAUUUGAAUGCCUACGUUGGCAAUUUGUCAGAUUCUAAAUUAGAAAAUGCUAUCAUUGAACAUUUCUAUCAACUGAUGGCUGGAAAACACAGUGACGAGCUCAGAAAAGACUUGGAAAUAGCUGAUACUUGGCCACAAAAGGUCGAAGCUUGCACUUUGAAGCUUAAAGGUCUAGCUCAUUACUCUCUGGAGUAUAAAAACUCAAUAUUCGAUGAAGCGUACAGAAGGAUUAAAAUGGCUAAGGAGUAUGAACCUAACUUCAAGUUGGAAUCCCAACUGGUUCUAAUUCGUGGUAUUGCUCAUCCUAAAGCUGAAAAUAUUGCAGAAGAUUACAAUUUAUCGAAAUACACAAAACAACCGGUGAAAAUCUUUGAUAUCGAAACUGAUCACAGUUUGGCACCGAAUGAUUGCAGAAUCUCCAACAUUAUCAACAGUAUGCUAGAUUCAGACUUGACUGAAGAAUAUAAAAAGACGAGCCAAUGCGAAGUAUACUACGCUAAUGCUUUCAAAAUGUUCUAAAAUUAUUAUUUAUUAUUAGUCGCUAAGUUUACUUUAGAAACAGCCAUUUAUUAUAAUUGUAAUAUAAUUUUAC